AUGUCUGACUUCAUCAAAUAUUUUGAAGAACGUACUAAUCUCAUCUGCUGCCUGCACUUCUGUGUUCUUAUACCUCUUCUUUCUGUUCCUGUGGCCGCUUGGGGCUGGGAUUGGCAACUUAGUUAUACAAAAUGCCGUAUCGGAUAUUUCUACACCAAAUGGGAGAAGUCAUUCAAGCAGAUGAUUGAGAUGAAGUGCGGAGUAAAAGCGAAGUAUAGCUGCAUGCAAGAAGAAGAUGCUUACAGAUAUUCAAGAAUGGGGACGAGACUCCGCCAAAUUGAGCAAAACAUGUUUGCUAUUCUCUUUGCUGGUCCCCCUCCUCAUCCAGAUUCAGUAGCUUUUGAGGCCCUCGAUCAUUGGAACGAAACCUUACAACUUUGCUCGAAAGUGCAAAGCGGUAUGAAACAGUUUGGAUGCUCAGUUCAUUAUUACUACCUGUACCGUGGUGACUACAACUUCGGUCGACUUCUCCUUGUGUGUUCAUUCGAAAAUAUGCAGCCUUUGAGAAAAUUUCUGGGAACUGCACCGAAACCCAUUCCAUUAGAAUGA